GCCAGUCGUUAGCGAGCUGUGGCGGUGGUAGGUUGAAUCUUGUGAUUGGUGUUAACGGUGUGUGUUAGAGAGAGAGAGAAAAAGAGAGAGAGAGAGAGAGAUUAGUUAGCGCGAAGGAAAGGAUCGGGGAGAGGGGAGGAGAAGGACGAUAGGGCGCCACCUAUCGUCAACGGAGUAGAGUCAGUAGCAGGCAAGAUGGCCGAGCGGUGGUGACGGGUUGAGGAAUGCACGGCUGGAGAAUUCGCGAUCUCGGCUUAGCGCGGAUGGCCUAGCGAUGGCCGAAUUCAACAUCGACAUCGGCAAGCUCCCGGAGGACGUAAGGGAGAAACUCGCCGAGCUGGAUCUCGAGCUUUCGGAGGUUCGUACGAAGAAUGAUUUUGAUCGAGAGAGAAGGAAGAAGAAGGAGGAGGCGAGGCACGGAAUCGAAAAAGGAAAGCCACGGUGAUUCGCGACUGGAAGACCUCGGCGUUGCACCUUAGGAUCGCAGAAACGCUGUGUGUACGAGCGUUGAGAAGGGUAUCCAAAGGAAAGAGGAGGGGAAGAGGUUGGAGAAAAGGACGAAGUAAAGAAGAAGAAGAAGAAGAGGAGGAGGAGGAGGAGGACGUCGAAGACGAGGACGAGUAGGAAGAAGGAAGAAGAAGAAGAAGAAGAAGAAGAAGGACUCGUUGUGCUUGGGGCAAGUAACGUCUCUUGUCCAAAGGGAUGCCGAUAGUCGAAGGGGGAAGAUCGGUGUUCGAUAAUAGAACUCCGCGAGGACGUGUUGAUCUUUGGGUAGGAAAUAGACGCAACCCAUGAGGCCACUCUCCUUCGAGAACCUUAGGAGGCUCGUGAGCCGCAAGAAGGAUAGAAACGAGCCAUCCUUCAAACGUAGCGAGUCGUUUAAAAGGAUAUCUAUAAGGAAAAGUUAUCUCGAUCGUGGUAAACGACGUAACAAGUUGCAAAAGAAUCUUGAACCGGUGAUAACGGCUCAACCGGUGGUUGUAGUGUCAGCACCGGCCACUACGAGCGUGCCGGACCAACAGGAAAAUGUACAGUCUACGAGGAUCAAGAUCAAGGAGGAACAGGAGGUUAGGAGACAACAGGAAAACGUAUCGCUUAGCCGUGAAUCUAUCAGUUAUGACGAAUGGUUGCAAGGCGUUGGCUCCUCCUCCCGUGAUAAACUUCAAGAGAAAAUAUUGGUCCAAGAGGCGACGAGUAAAGUUUCGUCGAAGGUUACGACGAGACAACAAAUUCAAGAUCGUCGCUCUAGCAAUGAUCUAACCAACGACUUAAACUCAGCGAUUUUGUCAUUGAAACCGUUCGGUCCAAAUACGCACGACGAGGACGAUUGGAUUUAUUCUGAAAAAAAUGUUCAUCAUAACGAUAAUCUUGGACAAACGCGUGAAAGCGCGUGUGUACCCCUUGAAACUGGACCGCCCAGUGUCAGUAUCAGUCUUGGACGAGUUUGGAGGGACGCCGUACCGGUACCAUAUCCUUCCUCUUCCGGGCCCUCCGUUCAUCAUUCGUUGGACAGUGCAUUGAAAGAACGAAAACCUUCACAACCGACGGUCGCUAGAACCGUCUCGGCCCCGGAAAAGACAAUCAUCAAGGACAACACAUCAUCCUCGUCCUCGUUUGGCUUCUCGCUUAGGAUCGGCAAGCUGGCUGACUUCAGGGCAGGAAGCACGAGGAAUGGAUUCUUCCGACGAAAAACGUCUAAGCCAUCACCGAGCGUCAGUACCGAAGGUUAUUUCAAGAGGACCAGCGGUCAAAGGAGAUCGAGUUCGAGAAGACGUGGAAAGAGGACGACGUCGUCGCAGCGUACAACCUCCCAGAGGACAUCUCAAAGGACAAAGAAAAAGAAUGAUCAACAGUCGGCUGUUCGGGAGAACAGUCCGGUAUGGUUCGUGCCACCGGAAAGGAGACGUUCGAGACGUCAGAGACGAGUUUGGCGAGAGAUUCGUUAUUUUCCUGAGGAGGAGGAGAAUCGGGAGGAUGAAGCAGGAGCAAGAGCAGGAGCAUUGAUACUCGAAAAAUACGACGAUUAUUAUUCGUCGAAUUUGUCGGAUGAUCAAUUCGACGAUCAAAAAUUAUUACUCUCUGGGGAUUUUAAUGAGAGAAGAGACGAGGCAUUCAAUUCUCUCGUUUCUUCGUCGUUAGGUUCUUUCUCGGUUACGUCAUCUUCCUCCUCGGUAUGUCCAGCGCCAAAAAUCAGCGAUUUCAACGAGGACAAAUUAUUUUCCGAGGAAUUGAGGAAUCGUGGUUUACUCGGUAGAAGAACCAUUUGGAAAAAUAAUACGACGUCUCCUAUCGUUACAACAGAAAAUUAUUUUACUAGCAGUCAAUUUAUUAAUUUUCUCGCUAAGAAUUCGUCCGAUCGUAACACCAAAGAAAGAUCAAGAAAGGAUAGCAAUUCAUAUUACAGAUAUCUGAGCUCUAGCGAGAGCGAUAACGAAUCUUCUCGACGUGAUAUCCUCGACGACGAUCGUCUCUCUCAACGUCAGCAACAACAUCUUAAACGACAAAAAUCUGGACCGAGAAGACGACCUUUAAGAAGAAAAUCGCAACUUCGCCGAGCAUCUGGCCAGCCCGUUUUUCUUGUUCGCAAAUGCUCGUCCUUGAGAAAACGACCCAGAGACAUAACGCAAAAGGGCUAUGAAAAGAAACGGACUCGUCUACUACAGCAAUAUGCUUCAAAACAACUCGGGGCUGGAAAUGGCGGCAUUGCUGGCAGUGGCGACAUUGGUAGUGGUGGAGGAGGAGAAGGAGGAGGAGGAGGAGGAGGUGGUGGUGGUGGAGGUGGAGGGGUUGUCAUUGGUGGUGGAGGACUCGAAAGGACAAGUUAUGGAAGCGGCGGCGGCGGCGGUGGAGGUGGAGGUGGAGGUGGUGGUAGUGGUGGUAGUAGUGUUGUUGGUGUUGGUGUUGGUGUUGGUGUUGGUGUUGGUGUUGGUGUUGGUGUUGGUGUUGGUGGUGGUGGCGGCGGACGACCACAGCCACGUGCACGACGCACGCAACGUCGUGUCACGCACAACGAGAAACGCUAUCAUUCAGGAGGUCGGCUAGUACCUGGUGGGAUCGCCAGUCCUCCGGGAUCUGGCGGCUCAACCGGAAACACCGGGAACUCAAACUCGGCUGCUGCGAGACGCGGUAAUCGCAGACUCACGCGCAAUGAGAGCCGCUAUCAUUCCGAGGUACGUCAGGAGGCGGUACAGCAAGCCCUGGCAGCUAUGCAAGGUCGGCCGAAACCUUCCUUGCCAAUGCCAUCGAAGAGAACUUCCGUCAUGGCUAGAAGUCCUGAACGAGAACGUCGCGAUAGCGGAGAAUCUAGUAGCGAUGAGGAUAGUGUCGUAACGGAAGAGAGUCCUGGUGCUGGUGGUCCAACUGGUACUGGCUUAUCAGACACUAGCAGUACCGGAUCAGCACGUGAUACGCCACCACCACCAAGACCACCGGCAAGGAGGCCACCUGGUGCCGACAUUACUGACAUCGCCGAAUAUACGCCUCAUGCUUAUUGUAACAUACAACCACCGGACGUAACACACACGGGCAGUACGCCAACGGCACAACAGUCUACGAGACGGCCUGGUGCCGAUCGUGUCAAUCGUUACCACGUAGUCGAGGAUCAAAAUAAUACUGGAACAACUGGACGUUGGAAGGUAUCAGCGAAAAUUCAACAAUUAUUGAAUACGUUAAAACGGCCAAAGAGACGGCCACUUCCUGAAUUUUACGAGGACGACGAUAUAGAGCUCGAGAUAGCUGCUAAUCCGAAAGAUCCUAAUGCACCAAAACCGGAAGGUGGUUCGAUGACGUCUGCGAUCGGUGAACCAUUGUCCGUGCCGUCAGGCCUGCCUAGAUCACUCGAAGCCGCUAUUCAAAGGUACGGUUCAGCAAGUUACAAAGCACCGGUCGCAACCGUUCUAGAUCCUAACGGCAAACUCUGCAUCACAUUGACAUAUGGAAAACUUUUAAGUCGUUCCCAUAAAAUAGCCUAUACACUUUUAAACAAGGCUCUAAGCCGUGGCGGUGAUUGUUGUCUCAAGCCUGGAGAUAGAAUCGCUUUGGUAUAUCCGAACAACGAUCCGAUAAGUUUCAUGUGUGCAUUUUACGGUUGCCUUCAAGCUGGUAUCGUCCCCGUACCGAUCGAGGUACCAUUGACACGUCGAGACGCAGGUUCCCAACAGAUUGGUUUUCUUCUUGGUAGUUGUGAAAUACAGGUGGCCCUAACCAGCGAGGCCUGUCUCAAAGGUUUACCGAAAACAGCGGCUGGCGAGGUUGUAGCUUUCAAGGGUUGGCCAAAAUUACAUUGGUUCGUUACAGAACAUUUAGGUAAAACUCCAAAAGAUUGGUUACCACCGCCUCGUUUAACCGACGAUACACCAGCUUACAUCGAGUAUACUACAGUAAAGGAUGGAUCGGUGAUGGGUGUGACAGUGACAAGAUCAGCUAUGCUUGUUCAUUGUCGUGCCCUUACUCAAGCAUGCGGUUAUACAGAAGGAGAAAAUGCCGUUUGUGUGUUAGAUUUUAAACGGGAAGUUGGCCUCUGGCAUAGCACUCUUACUAGCGUAUUAAAUGGGAUGCACGUUAUAUUUAUACCUUAUGCCUUGAUGAAGGUCAAUCCAGCUAGUUGGAUGCAAAUGAUAACGAAACAUCGGGCUAGCGUAGCUGUUGUUAAAUCACGAGAUCUUCAUUGGGGUUUAUUAGCGACCAAAGAUCACAAGGAUAUAUCAUUAUCCUCAUUGAGGUUGCUACUAGUCGCUGACGGUGCCAAUCCUUGGUCCCUUUCCUCUUGUGAUCAAUUUCUUUCGGUGUUCCAAUCGAAGGGUUUAAGACCAGACGCUGUAUGUCCUUGCGCAUCCUCUAGCGAAGCCCUUACCGUUUCUGUCAGAAGACCUGGCCGAGCAGGAGUAAAUGCUACUGGGCGUGGUGUCCUUUCUAUGUCAGGAUUAAGCUACGGUGUUGUUAGGGUAGAUCAAGAAAAUUCAUUGACUUCACUGACGUUACAAGAUUGUGGUCAAGUUAUGCCAGGAAGUAUCGUAGUGGUAGUUAAGAUGGAAGGAAAGCCAUACAUUUGUAAAACCGAUGAGGUUGGUGAAAUAUGCGUCCAUAGUGCUGCAACUGGUAGCCAGUAUUGGGGACUGCAAGGAUUAACAAAUAAUACUUUCAAAGUAUCACCUUUACAAGCGGAUAGUACUCCAUUAAGCGACGUGGAAUAUACGCGAUCUGGUUUGUUAGGAUUUCUUGGCCCUGGUGGUUUGGUAUUCGUUUGUGGAUCUCGCGAUGGUCUUAUGACCGUGACAGGAAGGAAACAUAAUGCGGACGAUAUAAUAGCUACCGUUUUAGCUGUGGAACCAAUGAAAUUCAUUUAUCGUGGUAGAAUAGCUGUCUUCAGCGUAAGAGUUUUGAGAGACGAAAGGAUAUGUGUCGUUGCUGAGCAGCGGCCCGAUUGUAGCGAGGAAGAGAGUUUUCAAUGGAUGUCACGUGUUUUGCAAGCGGUCGAUUCAAUUCACGCAGUUGGAAUUUAUUGUCUUGCAUUAGUUCCACCUAAUUAUCUACCAAAAACACCACUUGGGGGUAUUCACCUGUCUGAAACUAAAAGACGUUUUCUAGAAGGUGCACUACAUCCAGCUAACGUCCUGCUCUGCCCCCACACUUGUGUUACCAACUUACCAAAACCGCGUGAAGUGCAUUCGGCGGGGGAUUCUGUUGCAGACGUUGGUCCGGCGAGCGUAAUGGUUGGCAACAUCGUUCAAGGAAAUAGACUGGCUUCUGCUCAAGGACGUGACAUGGGUGUUUUGGAUGAGGAUAGCGAUAACGCCAAGAAGUAUCAAUUCAUCUCGGAGAUUUUACGUUGGCGUGCUGUCAGUACAUCUGAUCACGUCAUCUUCACAUCACUCAAUGCCAAAGGAGCAGUUGCAACUUCGUUAUCGUGUUCUCAAUUGCACAAGAAAGCCGAACGCAUUGGGAAUCUUCUUUUGGAUCGUGGAAGAAUCAACACAGGGGAUCACGUUGCAUUGAUAUUUCCACCUGGGACAGAUUUGAUAUGUGCAUUUUAUGGUUGUCUUUAUGUCGGUGCUGUCCCUGUUACCAUAAGGCCUCCACAUCCUCAAAAUCUACAAACAACAUUACCAACCGUACGCAUGAUCGUCGAUGUCAGUAAAUCGGUACUCGUACUGACGAAUCAAAACAUUAUGAAACUUCUAAAGACUAAAGAAGCUAAUAAUGUUAUCGAGGUGAAAACUUGGCCAACGAUUCUUGAUAUGGAUGACAUGCCAAAGAAGAAGCUUCCGGUUAUGUAUCGUGCACCUACAGCGGAAAUGUUGGCUUACUUGGAUUUUAGUGUCUCUACUACGGGCAUGUUGGCUGGCAUUAAAAUGUCUCAUGCGGCAGUAACAUCGUUGUGCCGUGCUAUGAAACUUGCAUGCGAAUUGUAUCCUUCGAGACAUAUUGCUCUAUGUUUAGAUCCAUAUUCUGGUCUUGGAUUUGCCCUUUGGUGUUUAAGCAGUAUAUACAGCGGACAUCAUUCCAUUUUAAUACCACCGUCCGAGGUGGAAGCAAAUCCAGCCCUUUGGUUGUCAGCUGUUAGUCAGUCUAGAGUAAGGGAUACAUUUUGCUCAUAUGGUGUUAUGGAGUUGUGCACAAAAGGCUUGGGUUCUUCGGUUCAUGCUCUUAAAGCACGUGGCGUUAGUUUGGCCUGCGUAAGAACCUGCGUCGUAGUUGCUGAGGAGAGACCACGAAUAGCUUUGACUACGAGCUUCAGUAAAUUAUUUUCCGCUCUUGGAUUAAGUCCACGUGCGGUUUCAACCUCAUUCGGAUGUAGAGUUAAUACUGCCAUUUGUCUUCAGGGAGCAUCUAGUCCAGAACCAUCAACGGUAUACGUGGACCUACGAGCAUUACGUAACGACCGUGUUUCCCUCGUCGAAAGAGGCAGUCCACAUUCUCUCUGUCUAAUGGAAUCUGGAAAAUUGUUACCUGGUGUAAAAGUUAUCAUAGCCAAUCCAGAAACAAAAGGCCAAUGCGGUGAUUCUCAUCUAGGAGAAAUAUGGGUUCAAUCGGCUCACAAUGCCAGCGGUUAUUUCACGAUUUAUGGGGACGAAACUGAUUAUGCCGAUCAUUUCAAUGCACGCCUUGUAACAGGAAAUACCAAUGAGGUUUACGCCAGGACCGGUUAUCUUGGUUUUCUUCGACGGACUGAAAGCGUACAACAGUCUGUUAUUAGUGAUGUUCCCGGUGAUACUUCUGCAUCCGAAGCCGAUCUUGUACCCGGUGACGCCGAAUUACAUGACGCUGUUUUCGUGGUCGGUGCACUCGACGAAGCCAUUUUACUUAGGGGCAUGCGAUAUCAUCCAAUUGACAUUGAAAACAGUGUUAUGAGAUGUCAUAAAAAAAUCGCCGAAUGCGCCGUGUUUACGUGGACUAAUCUGUUAGUAGUAGUGGUCGAGCUCGAUGGAAGUGAAAGUGAAGCUCUCGAUUUAGUGGCACUAGUUACUAGUGCUGUUUUGGAAGAACAUCAUUUGGUAGUAG